UAGCAAAGAAGAAGGGGAUAUAUUUGGCAACAUGGCGACUCCCAUGCACAGAAUAAUUGCGAGGAGACAAGCAGAGGCUAACAAACAACAUGUCCGCUGCCAGAAGUGCUUGGAGAUGGGACACUGGACGUAUGAAUGCACCGGGAAACGAAAAUAUUUGCACAGACCAUCAAGAACAGUUGAGCUAAAGAAAAAGCUGAAGGAAAAUGAAAACAAACCUCUCAGCAUCACAGGACCAGGAGGAGAGGGAUCCAGUGAGAGAAAAAGUAAAAAGAAGGCAAAAGACUCGAGCGACAACAGCAGCGACGACUCGUCUAGCGACUCGUCAGACAGCAGCGACUCCUCCAGCUCCUCCUCUGAGGACAGCGACAGCUCUUCCUCGUCAUCCUCUUCUUCCUCUUCCAGCUCCUCCUCUUCCUCAUCGUCCUCGGACAGCUCUGACUCGGAAAGCAGCAGCGAUUCAGACGGACCACCAAAGAAGAAGAAAAAGAAGAAAUAAGCAUGUGGGGGAUUAAGGAGGGGGUUUUCUAGCCUUACUUAGUGUCAAAUUAAUGCUUGUUUUCUAAAGUCCGAUCGUAAAUACUGGGCCUAAAGCAGCUGGACAGAUGUGUUGCUGAGGAGGGCAGGAUAGUUUUAAGUUGGUUUCCUCUGUUUUUCUUUUUUUCCCCACACUCUUUUUCGUUGUAUUUACUGAUACUGUGAUAUUUUUUAAUGUUUGCAUUUCUAGGAAGAAC